AUGAAUUCCGAGGAGUUCUGGGGAAUGCACGUGCAGAACCUAGGUGGCACCGCCACAAACCCGCAACACACAUACAAAUGGCCCCCAUACCCCCAGUCGCCCGAAGUCACUCCCGGCGUAGCUCUACAAGAAUACGAUGACCGUGAAAAGUUCCGGAGAAAGUUUGCCAUUGCCGCCUUGAAAGCUGGAGUACCGGUACCGGGGCAUCUCUCCCCAGAGGGUAGAUACGAAGACGUCAUGAUGAUGCCAGAUACCGGAUGCAUCUCCGGACAUUUUGAUAAUGGGGCCAUGGUUGAUACGGAGAGCAUCAGCAUGGUCGGUGGGUACUUUUCGAACCCGUACUUCUCGCAGACAGCAGAGAUCCAUAGUCUGCCGUCGAUGCCUGCUGUGCGGCAGAGGUGGCGAUGCUCGGUCGAGGGUUGCACGAAAAAGUUCAAGUCGAAGCAGGCUUUGAAAUACCAUAAUGAAACUGGGCACGGUAAAAACGACCGGGAAUGUUCUGGCUGCGGGAAGGUUUGCAAGGGCGAUAAAAAUCACAGGAAGCAUGUUGCAAAGUGUCUACCUAGAAAUUAA